AUGCCCUCUGUGAUCUAUCGAAAGCAAGAAUGCCUCAAGGUAUCACGACACGCAUGCUCACCAUUGCGAGGUAUACGACUGACAGGCGUUUCAGCUCCUAUACCACUCCCACCACCAUCCUACAACUUGACCUUGAGUCAUGUGUCUAUUGGACGUGGCACGCAGAACUACACUUGUGACCUGUCCAACAGUACGGCAAUCCCUGUGGCUACAGGAGCAACUGCGUCUCUCUACAAUGUCUCUUGCAUCGCCGCUAAUCACCCCGAAUUGCUCUCCAUAAUUCCUGGUAUUGCCAUCAAUCUCCCUCUACCUUCUGCAUCGUCUGCAAUGUCACCGAUCAACAUGGAUCUGGCUGGUCACCACUACUUCCUGGAUCCGACUACACCCUUCUUCAACCUGGAUACCGAGACGCAUUCAUACGGUAUCGGCGCUUUUAAAAAGGCAAACGGUACUUCUGCGCCGGAGGGUGCAGUGAUUGGUGUUGAUGGAUCUGGCAUGGGAGCUGUGCCAUGGCUCAAGCUGACUGAAAAGGUUGGCGUUGAGGGAAGUCAGAAACUUAAGGAAGUCUUCAGGGUCAACACUGCUGGAGGACAGCCACCUGCUACAUGUCAAGGCCAACAAGAAAGCAUUCUUGUGCAGUAUGCCGCCGAGUAUUGGGUUUAUGUUUGA